GUGUGAGCGUGUGGUUGUGUUCUCUAUUGACACACAACCCACUAAAAAAAGUGAAGUAAUUUACUUAAAAAUACCAAAAAAAUUUAAAAAACCAAUCAAAAACCCCAAAAAAAUCGAAAAACAGUGGAAAACAAAGGAAAAUACCAAACGAUUAAUAUUAUUUUUUUGUUUCAUAUGUUUUUGAGGGAGCAUUAGCGUAUUUAUACAUCUGUGUAAUUAAAUAGUGUAGACAGAUAAAAAUGAAUCCUGGCGCGUCGAAUUACCCCAUGGCGUCUUUGUACGUCGGGGAUCUACACUCUGACAUUACGGAAGCUGUGCUGUUCGAAAAAUUUUCCACUGCAGGACCCGUGCUCUCGAUCCGCGUUUGCCGUGAUUUGAUCACCCGCCGUUCAUUGGGCUAUGCCUACGUGAACUUCCAACAACCGGCCGACGCCGAACGUGCGCUGGACACCAUGAACUUCGACUUGAUCAAGGGACGUCCGAUCCGUAUUAUGUGGUCGCAGCGUGAUCCCUCGUUGAGGAAGUCCGGCGUGGGCAACGUGUUCAUCAAGAACUUGGACCGUUCUAUUGACAACAAGGCUAUGUACGAUACCUUCUCCGCUUUCGGUAACAUCCUCAGCUGUAAGGUUGCCCAGGACGAGAACGGUACAAGCAAGGGUUACGGAUUUGUCCAUUUCGAAACCGAAGAGGCAGCAAACAAGUCCAUCGACAAGGUGAAUGGCAUGUUGCUCAACGGAAAGAAAGUCUACGUUGGCCGCUUCAUCCCGCGUAAGGAACGCGAAAAGGAAUUGGGAGAGAAGGCCAAGCUUUUCACCAACGUUUAUGUAAAGAACUUCGGCGAGGACCUGACCGAAGAGCAGCUUCGCGCCAUGUUUGAGAAGUACGGCGCUAUUACGAGCUACAAAAUCAUGAACAAAGAUGAUGGCAAAUCGAAGGGUUUUGGUUUUGUUGCUUUUGAAAGCCCGGAAGCUGCUGAGACUGCUGUCGAAGCUCUAAAUGGUAAGGAAAUCGUAGAAGGCAAACCACUGUACGUCGGUCGCGCCCAAAAGAAGGCAGAGCGUCAGCAGGAAUUGAAACGACGCUUCGAGGCCUUGAAAAUGGAGAGACUCAAUCGUUACCAAGGUGUGAACUUGUACGUGAAGAACCUGGACGACACAAUCGAUGACGAGCGCCUGAGGAAGGAGUUCUCGCCCUUCGGCACGAUCACAUCCGCCAAGGUAAUGAUGGAGGAGGGCCGGAGCAAGGGAUUCGGAUUCGUCUGUUUCUCGUCACCGGAGGAAGCUACCAAAGCCGUGACGGAAAUGAAUGGCCGCAUAGUCGGUACCAAGCCACUGUAUGUCGCCUUGGCUCAAAGGAAAGAAGACCGCAAGGCCCAUCUGACUUCGCAAUACAUGCAACGCAUGGCCAACAUGCGCAUGCACCAAAUGGGCCAGUUCAUCCAGCCAAGCGCAUCUAGUGGGUUCUUCGUGCCGACUAUACCGCAGCCACAACGUUUCUACGCGGGCGCUCAAAUGACCCAGAUCCGCACCAAUCCGAGGUGGCCGGCCCAAAGUCCGGUCAGACCGGGCGGCCAGGCCGGCGCCACCAGUUACGCGGGCAUGCCUAACACAUACAGGGCGACGACCCGUCCGCCAAACCAAUCCACCGGCAUCAGAGGAAACGUGAACAUACCUAGACCGAUAACCGGACAACAGCCCGCCAACUUGCAGGGACGUCCUCUUGCUGGACAAGGGGUGGUACAGACACCCGGCAACCGCCCGCCUAACUACAAGUUGCACUCGGCCGUCAGGAACCCGCCGCAGGGUAUGGGCAUUACUAAUGCGGCUCCCGUGCAACAGGCCGUGCACAUUCAGGGCCAAGAACCGUUGACAUCCAGCAUGUUGGCGGCAGCUCCGCCGCAAGAACAGAAACAGAUGCUGGGAGAACGUUUGUUCCCGCUGAUCCAACGCAUGUACUCCGACCUGGCCGGCAAGAUCACCGGCAUGUUGCUGGAAAUCGACAACACCGAAUUGUUGCACAUGUUGGAACACAACGAAUCGCUUAAAGCUAAGGUUGAAGAAGCCGUGGCUGUGUUGCAGGCUCACCAAGCCAAGCAGGCCGCUACACAGAUCAAAAAGGAUUAAUACGCCUAUUCUGAUUAAUUUCUAUUUUUUUUUAAUAAUACAUAUUUUUGAAUAAGAUGAUGGCUUAUUUAUAAAACAUGAAGAAAAAAAAUUGCAAACAAAGUCUAACGACAAAAAAACAUUAUAAAAAGCGAAACACAAUAAUAUUUAAAUAAUAUAGACAAAAAGGUAUACUUUUCAUUUGUUUGUAGUUUUCGCUAUGAGUUUUAGAUUUUUCUGCGUAACGCCUACUUCAUAUGACUUUAUGAACACUAUGUAAUCACCUUAUAAUAUUUGUUCUUGUAUAAAAUAGGCGUUGUUUCUUAUAAUUAAGUUAAUCAUUUUACAUGUAAAACAUAAUACAAGUUUUUGAUGAGAUAAUUGUCAAAUUGCCUUUACAAUCUGACCAUCAUCUUUUUCAAAACUUUGAUUAUCUUUUCUUAAUGAAUGAAACACUAUUAUUAAUAAUGUAUUGUUGUAAUAGGUUUCAAAUUAUUGGUUUGUGGAUUAUUCUAUUUCUUCUGGUAGAAUAAAAUAUUUAGUUCAAUUUAA